AUGCGAUCAGUCAAUUUUGCGACCAUUAAUGAUGAAUUCAAUUGUGAAGAUUUUGAUGCCAUAACAGAAUCUCGUUUGUUAAAGAAAUGUCACAAGUAUGUUUGUGGUGAUGUUCAAACAGGAUUAUUUUACUUUAGCGGAAACUGA